GAGAAAGUUAGAGCGAGAGGAGGUCCACGCAACGAGCCCAUCAAAUACGAAUCCUACAGCGUUUGAUUUUUUUGCCAGUUUUAUUAGUUCUUUCUCUCCUUCCUUCAAUUCCUACGGGGCUUCUGCAACGUCUCCGGCGUUAACAAACUCCGAUUUUUCCCGACAGACAAACUAACGGAAGUGCUAAGCAGGGUUUUAUAGACUGCGGAUUGCGAUGAUAACGCGAUCGAAUCUGGCAGAGCAGCUGAGAGAGUACCAGAUUCGAUCCAAGCACGACUGGGCCUCCGUAUCCUUCUUCUCCUCCACCUCUAAUUUCACUUCUUCAAGGGUGGAUGUUGUGAUCUUUGUAAUAUGGGAACUGGUCAUUCUAGCUUUCCUGGUUUUUUCAGCUGUUUCUUUAUACUUUAGGCAUAUGCAACUUGCCUUUAUCUUGAUAUGCAUCACAAUGCUUUUGCUUUUAUGCAUGAAAAUUACAAAGCAAGUGAGAUUGGCUAGGAAAAAGAAACGAAGGAUGCUUCUUCCAUUAUCUAUGUAACCGUAGAUGAAGUCAUACACUACUUACUUUGAUGUGUAAAUCGCACAAAUUCUUGGUUAUUGCAUUUGGUCCCUGUUCUCUGCUGAUUUAUAGGAAUUUGUAAUCGCUCCUACAGCAGGUUAACUAAAGAACCCAAUGAAUAUGUUUUAUUCAGAAGAUGCUGAGCUAAGCUUGCUCCUGUCAUUCAAGCUAGUGAUUGAAUGAGAGAGAUAGGAGAAUGGAAGCAAGUUAUUAGGAUGAUUAGUUGGAAAUGUGUUUUCUUUACUUGUUUGCUGUUGUAGGGGCUUCAACAAAUUACAUCCAAACAUGGUUACGAUUUAGAAGCACAUAAAAUGAGAGGAAGAUGAAAGUUUGUUUGAUGGUGAAUGACUAGGUGGCUACUGUGUGUUUAUUUUUCUUGUAACCAGAGAUAUAUGUGAUCCUGGAAAGCAUCAUCUUAUUUUAUUUUAUUUUUUUCAAAAUGGAACUUCGAUAACAGCACAAUUUUGUAAAUAAGGGAAGUUUUAGCCAUCAAUAUUAUUGUUCUAAAUUCUGAUGCA